AUGACUAUUCUAACGUGUUCGUCGUUCGACGGAAAGUCGGGUAAAGUAUCGUUGAUCAGUGUCGAAUUCCGCCAUGGUCAGACCCAGCCUCCGCCGCCGUAUAAGCCCGAGUUGUUGAAGACUGGGGACGAUGGUUUGCCGAACUCUACAAACGACAAUGACGACGAGCGCAUGUGCAUGCAACUUUUGGACGACUUGAUCACUGAAACAACGUUGUUAAGAAUAUGUGGGUUUAUGAUUUUACUGGCAUUAUUUGCAACCUUCUGCACGCUACAAUUAGCUCAUAACUUUCAGGGCAUGCCAGUGGUUCUACAGGAUACCGAGGACAACUCCGAAAUGGUUUUUACAUGUUACCCGUCGUAUGCAUUUGCUGAGAGCGACACGCUUUUUUUGCCAGACUCUGCACCACCGAGUUCCAAAAACAUCGACCCCGUGGAGGGAGUCAUUAGAAAGGCGUCACUGUACACCAUCAAGUCGGCCCGGUUCUUGCUUGUGAUUGACUCUAGCGUCAACAUUACUGGCAUCGUUGACUUUGAUAGCCAACGCUGUUACGUUAUGCAGCUGCUUCACAAUUCUUUUGAGCCACGGGAGUCCCUGUGCAAUACGUUGCUUGAAUUGUCACCAGGACACUAUUCUUUGGACAACAUUAACGACAUUCUCAGUCACUUUCACGUGGUCAACCCGGCCAUCACUAAUCUUUAUGAUUACGGCACGUACAUUUCUAAACACUGUACUUACUAUCUCACUUUCAAAAUGGAAAGAUACAUUGCGACCAAUUCCCUAUACGAAGUCUACUGA